AGAUAUGGCCAGCACAAUAACAGAAUUGGGAUUAUAUUGCGAAUCUUCCAGGAGAAGUAUGCAGGAAUCCUGAACUAGAUUUUUUCCCCUUAUCAGAAGUAGGGACGGGCAUCUUCUAUAUUUCCAGAAAUAAGAGCAGUGUGGUAACUCUUCAAAGUAAUGAUUAAAAAAACAUGGCGAAUGAAGAGUAUUUGUCUUUGAAAGUCCCAAGCCAAAUGACCACACAGGACUCCUCAGUGACGUUCUGUAAAAAUGAGCCCCAGGAUCUUCAGAAAAGCAAAAGUCUAUUUGUAACUGAAGAAAGCACUGAGAGAAAAGUCUUGCGGGGAGAAAGUCCUCCCAUGGAUCAUUGUUCAGAGAACCUUCAAAUUAAACUUAUGUCUGAUGUAACAGAACUGGUCUCACCAUUGGUCUCUGGUGAGGCAAAUUGCCAGAAUGGCCAAUUGAAAGAGUCUUUGGAUCUCUUUGACUGUAACUGCAAAGAUGUUUGUGGUUGGAAAUCACGAGUGGUGAGUCGUAGUCAUCAGAGAGCUCAUACAGAGGAGAAACCCUGUAACCAUUGCAACAUUGAGAAGAGACAUAACAACAGCUCAGAUGGUCAUCCGUGUGAGAAAAUCCACCCUGCAGAGAAAUUACACAGGUGUAGUCAGUGUGGUAAGGACUUCAGUGAGCACUCAGAACUACUGCUUCAUCAAAGACACCACACAGAGGAAAAGCCCUACAAAUGUGAGCUGUGUGGGAAGGGCUUCACGAGGAGCUCCAGUCUCCUCAUCCAUCGAGCAGUCCACACCGAUGAGAAACCCUAUAAGUGUGACAAGUGUGGGAAAGGCUUCACAAGAAGUUCGAGUCUGCUCAUUCAUCAUGCAGUCCAUACAGGCGAGAAGCCUUAUAAAUGUGACAAGUGUGGCAAGGGCUUUAGUCAGAGCUCCAAACUGCAUAUCCACCAGCGAGUGCACACUGGAGAGAAGCCCUAUGAGUGCGGGGAGUGUGGUAUGAGUUUCAGUCAGCGCUCCAACCUGCACAUCCACCAGCGAGUCCACACUGGGGAGAGGCCCUACAAGUGUGGGGAGUGCGGGAAGGGCUUCAGUCAGAGUUCAAACCUUCACAUUCACCGCUGCAUACACACAGGCGAGAAACCUUUCCAGUGCUAUGAGUGUGGGAAGGGCUUCAGCCAGAGUUCUGAUCUCCGCAUCCAUCUCAGAGUCCACACUGGAGAGAAGCCCUAUCACUGUGGCAAAUGUGGGAAGGGAUUUAGCCAGAGUUCAAAACUCCUCAUCCAUCAGAGAGUGCAUACUGGAGAGAAGCCCUAUGAGUGCAGCAAGUGUGGGAAAGGCUUCAGCCAGAGCUCCAACCUCCACAUCCACCAACGGGUUCAUAGGAAAGAUCCCAUUAAAUAAGAUCUUCAGUAUGCUCAUAGAGUAAAGACUUAAAUAUUUUUAACAUCAUUCUUUUAUAUUCUCUGGAGAGAGAUAGUAAAAGUUACUCUUUUCUGUUCCCUCACUGAAAAUCAUUCAUUUAAAGUAUUUAAGUACCAAGCUUUUCUGUAUACUAUACAAUGAGCUGAUUGUUCCGGUUCCUCAUGUGGGUAGAAUGAAAUGUCUGUACUUUGCAGUUCAACCAGCGUUGUCAGAACCACAUGUCCUACCCAGAUUUUUAAGUGGAAGAACUUUUUAUUUGUGUAAGUAGGACAUGUUUCCCUUUGUUCAUAUUAUCUGAGAAAUUGAAACUCUGGUUUCUCUUCAAAUCUUGUGACUUGUGUUUUUCAUAUUUCCUUCCAGGCCUGAUUAGCCUCACUAAACUAUGACUGCACAUGCUAAUUUUAGGUCGAAGGAGUGGUUGGAGAUAUUAAGGGCAUGAAAUUUGUUGUGUUUAUUUUAAAAUAUACAACAGUCUGUGGCUACACAAGAAGAAGGUGGAGAAGAGCUAUUUGUGUGGUAUACCCCAUACACUAUAGGAUGUUGAAUCCCCUACCCUUCUCCCCUUGAGGCAGCUGCUCAGGAACAUAAGUAGUUCUUUUUCCUGGGUGCCGCUGGUCUAUUGGAGUUUUUCCAGAUUUCACCACUUCAGAUGACCCCCUGCUGCCAAGCUAAAGCCAAGUAGGGUACAUAUACCAUGUUGAAACAUAGUAAAUGAAGUUGAAAUAUAUUUAAAUGCAUUUAAUUCCUCAGUACCUCAUUUCCUUUAUUUUCUUCAUCAUUUUAUACUAUAUAAAACAAGUCAGGAGAGACAGUUUCUAUUAUUUUUCUCCUUGGCCUUAUCUCUUGUUUUAAUAUUUGAUGUACCCCCAAAUCCUGCUUGUUUUCACAGCA